AUGAAACAGCUUGUUGACAAGGGUCUGGCCAAGACUGAGCAUGAGGCCAAGGUCAAACAAGAGAUGGGAGACCCAGUGGACAUUGUUCUUAAAUUAAAGGAUAUGAUAGGCACAGCUGUUAAACCAUGCCCAGAAGCUGCUCUUGCAUGGACUGGUGUUGUUUUUGCCUUACAGAUGAUGAUCAAUCCUAUCAAGGAAACAGAAACAAACAGAAAAGGUAUCCAGCAUGUUAUUGAAAGAAUGAGCUGGUACUGGGAAUUAUCCAGCCACAUACUCAAGGAGCGUGACCCAAAUGGCACAUCCUAUGCAGGGCUCCGGUCUGGGUUGAAAGAGCAGUUGAUCCAACUUUACAAGGCACUCCUCUCCUAUCAAAUGAAAAGCGUCUGCUCAUACUACCAGAACCGGGGGUUUGUCUUCCUCAAAGACCUUGUUCAGCUUCAUGACUGGAAUGGACAACUGGAUAAUAUAAAUAAAAUAGAAGCUACAUUCCAGGGAAGCGUCACUCAAUACGACAUGCAGCAAAGGACAGGUCUUGAUCAGCAAAAGUUAGGAACUUUGGGGGAUAUCAGUGGCCACCUCCAGAAGCUGCCAUCGCGACAGAGGGACCUUCAAGAAGAAGAGAAAAACAGUGGUUGUCUGAAGGACUUGCGCCUUACAAAUCCUGAAGAUGAUAUGAAGCGCAUUGAAGACAGCAAAGAUCUGCUGCUGCAUGAAUCUUUCAUAUGGAUUCUCAGCCACCCUUGCUUUACCGAGUGGAUGGAUGACAAGGGGUCCCAGUUCCUGUGGAUCAAAGGUGAUCCAGGCAAGGGGAAGACAAUGCUUUUGAUUGGCAUCAUCAAGGAAUUAUCCAGACGCCCUCACAAGUCCAGUCCCUUGUCUUUUUACUUCUGUCAGGCGACCGAUGCAAAACUCAACAACGCCACAGCAGUGCUGAGAGGCUUGACUUACCAGAUGCUUGUUCAACAACCCUCUCUAAUCUCACACCUUCGUAAAGAAUAUGAUACAGCAGGACCGAAACUAUUUGAAGGUGUCAAUGCAUUCACUUCAAUGUCCUGA